AUGUCGCAGGAGAAGAUCAGCAUGCUAGGCGACGCACAGUUGCGGUAUGUCUUGAUUGGGAACAAUGACAUGAAGUAUACGCUUCUUUCGGACCGGGAGUUCAUGGAAGCCUUUGGCCGUCGGUUUGCCGCAAACUGUGCCCAUCAAGAUUGGGCUGCUUUGCAUGACCAAGCCAUAGUUCUCCGACUCUUAUCGACGUUCCAUGACAUGAAUGAGGAGGCAUUGGACGUUUUCGAAGGCAUAGUGCAGCUCAUAGUUGUACAGCUUGAUAUGAGCAUCAAUGGGGAGGACAACUCAGCUAAAACCACCACCACCCCUUUAGUGGAAGAGACAAUUCAAUACUUUCUUGAAUCCUUGAUCCAUUUAUCCAAUCGAAGGUUCUUCAAAUACGACGGCGAGAAGUUGUGGAUGUUUGUUAUUCAAAUGUUAUAUCAGAGACGGUCAUUGACUCUCCUUAAUUUGCUGAUUAGAAUCACUCCUAUCCUCCUUAAAUGUUUUAAAUUGGCUCACCACAAAAGACUUCUCUUCAUUUUAUUUGCGUUGUUGCAUAGUGGGUGCUCGGAAAUAGUUGAUCUGGUGCUAUCACAUUAUGGUGUAAGUCACUUUGAUGAAACCGAGGUCUUGGAAGACCUGAGAUUACCUAACUUUGAUAUUCCCCCACAUUUCUUCAAAGAGAACACUGGAUUUUCUCUGCUUAUCCCUUUGCUUACAAGCUUCCUUCAAAUAUACAACUACAUGGCCGAUAACAACUUGGAAUUUGUUCCUGAUGAUGAUUUUGAGUCUGGGUUCGGUACGGUUUAUAUAACUUGUUUGUUAUUCUUAAAAUCAAGCUCUACUUCAUCGUCAUUUGCUCCGUCAGACUCAAAAUUGGUGGCUGUCUUGUCGUUGAACUUCAUCUGCAUGUACAUUGAACAAGUGUACAAACUCAGAUCAUCAAGCAUUGCAGCAGCGGUAGUGGAAGGUCCUGCUGUUGAUGAAGAAGCACUUCAUUCAAUGGUAUCAAGAAACUUUCUUAAAAUCUUGUAUAAGAUUGAUGAAUGCUUUGAUUAUAACCCAGAUAUAUUGUAUAUCCAUUCCCCAGUCAAACUAUUAGCCCAUGUUUGUGACUUGUUCCCCUCGGUGGGCAAUAACUAUAUUCGAAAUACAACUUUAGAUUCUAAAGUUAGGCUUACUAUGAAAGACCAAUUGUUGAAGAAUGGCUGGCUCUUUGAGUUCUGGCAUAACUCUAAGGAUUUUACUAGCGUGUUAGACUUUGCUGCUCUUGAUUUAAUGGGCUCUCCUAAUAGGAAUAGCAUUUCGAAUUCAGCUGCGGCACUUGGUUCUGUCAGCUGCUCUUCAGUGGCUUCCUCUACCAGUUUGAUCUCAGAUCUUUUCCAUCUACUAAGCAUAUACACCAGCUCAGAAGAGGAUCACAGACAGCGAAUUAUCAAAGAUGUCUCGGAGCUACCACUCAUUCUUUUCCAAGUUAUGGAGACUUAUAGAUACUUAUUGCUCCAGCUUCAAGUUAAUUUCCGAGAGUUGAAGCUGAAUUGUUUGACAUCAGAGCAAAGGAUCUGGCUAAGCAAAAACGUUGGCAUAGUGAUGUACUUGUUGGACUUGCCGGUAUUCACCAAUUGUCUUUAUUUUAUGAGAUCUUUAUCUCGAUCUGUAACUGCUUUAAGAACACUCUUUGUUGAAUGCAACGGAUAUGCAAGUGUUUUAUGUGGUGACAGACUGCCAAAAGAUGAUAUUACUUCCUCUAAGGAUCUCAAGAAGCUUACAGCCAAUAAAGGUCGCCUCAUUUACAACAUAUUGCAAAUUGUUAAUGGAAUAGAAUGCGGAACUAAGUUUAUACGAGGUCUCACGGGUCAAACAUCACAAGUACAACUUACAAAUAAACUGGUUUUGCUUGCAUUGAUAUCUAAUUUAAUACUUGAUUUCCUGUCUUUCAGAUUGGAGAUAGUAAACAACAGCAACUUUGUAUUGAACUUGUUAAAGAUCUAUAAGAGUGCUGAAAGUGGGGCCUCCAACGAAUUGGAAGUGGAAGCUGCUUUAGUCAUUCAGUAUCAUGUUUCAUGGGUGCUAAAGAACUUGUUGUAUAAUGAGAAUAGUGAAUCUAAAAGAAGGGUGGUACAAGUUUUCCCUCUUUUAGUUAUCUUCAAGAAUUGUGCAUUCAAUGAUAUCAAUUCCAAGCAUUUCGAGAUUGAAUUGAAUAAGAAAUUGGUAUCCUUUGAGAUCUUACAAAAUUUGACCUCUGGUUCACCUGAAUUUAUAAGGGACAUUACACUGAGUUUUGCUGAGUUUGCUACCACGGAAACUGUUCUCCGAGAAGAUGGAAAGCCCAUAAAGCUGUGGGAUGAGUUUGUCAUAUGGAACAUCUCAAACUACAAGCUUUUCACCAAGAGCAAAUCAGAUGAUAGUAACAAGAUGUUGCUUAAGAUACUUGAGAAUAAUAAAUACGCGGAGAUGGUGUGUUCGAUAUUUUACAUUGAAAACCAUAAAUAUGUGGGUUUAAGACUGUCAUCUUCUAAGGACGUUUCGAAAUACGAAUCCACUCUGCCUGGUGGUGAUACAUCCCAAAUCAACAACAAUGAAGAUGAUCCAAUGGAUGGAUACGUGGAAAAUAUGUUCCCUCUGUUAUCGUUCUUGAGCAUUUGGUUGUUUUUCUUGCAGUUUGAUAUUCCGACUGAUUAUCCCCAAUUCACCAAGGUUGUUAAUAAUCUUACAGACAUUAAUCUUGCAAUCACAUGGAACUUGGUGAAUUUGACGAAGAAACCAAACGACAGCUUGGACCGUAGGCUUGGAGUUGGUGCGUUUAGAAAUGUCAAGCCUGAACCGGAGGGAAAUAGUCAUAGUCUUGAAGAACUUGAUAAAGACGAAGAGUUGGAUGAUGUUACAGAUUAUGAUACCUACUUUGAGCUUUAUGAUACUGUUGAUACGGGCAACUUGAAUGGGUCUGGACCACAUAAUCUAAUUGGAAGUGCAUCGUUACCACUUGGAAUGGAUUCGUGGGUAAAUGCAAUCAGCAUUGAUCAUACGGAAGACAUAGAUCUUCUGAAAGCCGAAGGAAGAGCAGCAUACUUAAAGGGGGUUGGUUUCACCGCGGCUUUACAAGGAAUUCUUCUGUCCAAGUCUGUUAUCCAGCAAAGCCGGCAAGCCGCACCAAAGACACAAACUCAUAAAGGCUUAGAUGUAUUUGCUGCUGCUGUUACUGCUGCUAGUGCUAGUCCUAGUGCUGGCACUGGUAUUGGUAUUGGUGGUGCCCGAGUGCGGACAAGUACUAAUGGUGAGCUGAAGCCCCUAACACCACGGAGUGGGUUUAGACGAUUUGAAGCUGUACAUUCUGAUGACUUGGUCGACAAGGUUCGACUUGCCAACCGGCAAAUCUUUGAGCUCUUGAUGAACAACAAGAGUGUCGGGAACAAUGUACGACCUGAACAGAAACAAAGAGAGGACAAUAACAAUAAUAUUAAUAAUGACAAUAGUAGGAAUGCUGCUGACAGGCACAAUGGACCAAGGGCUACUUUGAUUCCUAUUGCCGCAGUGUCGCCUUUACGGGACAUCAUGUACGGUAUCCAGCGGGGUGGAGAAGGCUUUGGGUAUGGACUGGACGAGGAGUACAUGACCGACGAAGCGGUAGUGAUGAGUGAAGAUGAGCAGACACACGACGAGAUGAGAUGA